UUAGCAACUCUCCAAUUAUUGUUUUCCUUGAUGUACAUAGCUCCAUAACAAACUUCUUUGAAAGUCUCCUCCAAAAAUUCCAUUCACAAAUCACAAAUUUAUUAACCAACCAAACCAAACCAGACCCCCUUUUCUCUCUCUCUCUCUCUCUCUCUCUUUCCCCCUCUCUUUCUUUCUCUCUCUAUCGCCAUGGCCACUGAGCAUGAAAUUUCACAAACCACUUCGCACAUGCACUACAAUCUCUCAGAUUGCAGUGACAGUGAAGAAGUAGAAGAAGAAGAAGCAAAUCAAGAAGAAGAAGACGAAGAUGAUAACGGAAGCGAAAUAAGCUCCGUCGCCGGCGAAGGGGGUUUUUGCAACAGCUUGGCUUACGUGUGCGGCGGAGGAGGUCGACGACGGAGGAAGCCGAAGGGGUGGUCGCUGGGUCAGGUACUGGACCCGAGAGCCAAAUGGGUACAAGAAUGGAACAGGGUGUUUCUAUUGGUAUGCGCGACGGGUCUGUUCGUGGACCCGCUCUUCUUCUACGCCCUAUCGAUAAGUGACACGUGUAUGUGUCUGUUCGUUGACGGUUGGUUCGCAAUCACCGUGACGGUGCUCCGGUGCAUGACCGACGCGUUGCACGUGUGGAACAUGUGGCUGCAGCUGAAGAUGGCCAAGCGGUCGUUCUCGUUGGUUGGCGUGGAAGGCAGGAACGGCCUCGGAGAUACCACGGCUCGCUCUGUUGCUCUGCGGUAUUUGAAAGCCAAGAAGGGCUUCUUGUUUGAUCUUUUUGUGAUUCUUCCUCUGCCUCAGAUAGUAUUAUGGGUAGCAAUUCCUUCAUUGCUAGAAAGAGGAUCAAUAACGAACGUGAUGACGGUGUUCUUGAUAAUAUUUCUGUUUCAAUAUCUGCCGAAGAUCUACCACUCAGUUUGUCUAUUGCGUCGCAUGCAAAACCUCUCCGGUUACAUUUUUGGAACCGUUUGGUGGGGAAUUGCCCUCAACAUGAUUGCUUAUUUUGUCGCAUCCCAUGCAGCAGGAGCAUGUUGGUAUCUACUAGGAAUUCAAAGGGCAGCGAAAUGCCUGAAAGAGCAAUGCAGGGCUACAAGUGGCUGUGGUAUGAGAAUACUAUCCUGUAAAGAACCUAUAUAUUAUGGGACCACAAGCAUGGUGAAAGAUAGAGCAAGGCUUGCUUGGGCUGUAAACAAACAAGCAAGGUCUACUUGCUUAGAGAAUUCUGAUAAUUACGAUUACGGUGCUUAUAAAUGGACUGUUCAGCUUGUCACCAAUGAUAGCCGCUUGGAAAAAAUACUUUUCCCCAUCUUUUGGGGCUUAAUGACUCUCAGCACAUUUGGUAACUUGGAGAGCACAACAGAAUGGUUAGAAGUUGUUUUCAAUAUCAUUGUUCUAACCAGUGGACUCCUCUUGGUUACCAUGUUGAUUGGAAACAUCAAGGUGUUUUUGCAUGCAACGACGUCGAAGAAACAAGCAAUGCAAUUGAAAAUGAGAAACAUAGAAUGGUGGAUGAGGAAGAGACACUUGCCUCUGGGUUUUAGACAGCGUGUGAGGAACUACGAGCGCCAACGCUGGGCUGCCAUGCGUGGUGUUGAUGAAUGUGAGAUGAUUAGAAACCUCCCUGAGGGCCUUAGAAGGGACAUCAAAUACCAUCUCUGCUUGGACUUGGUUAGACAGGUACCUUUAUUCCAACACAUGGACGAUCUGGUACUCGAGAACAUCUGCGACCGUGUGAAGUCUCUAAUAUUCACAAAGGGCGAAACAAUUACAAGAGAAGGAGACCCAGUUCACAGAAUGCUAUUCGUAGUGAGAGGUCACCUUCAGAGCAGCCAACUGCUAAGAGACGGUAUCAAAAGUUGCUGCAUGUUAGGCCCUGGAAACUUCGUAGGAGACGAGCUCCUUUCAUGGUGUUUGAGGAGGCCAUUCAUAGAAAGACUACCUCCUUCUUCUUCAACCUUAAUCACUCUCGAAACCACCGAGGCAUUCAGCCUCGAAGCCGAGGAUGUCAAAUACGUGACGCAGCAUUUUCGUUACACUUUCGUGAAUGAAAAGGUUAAGAGGAGCGCAAGGUACUAUUCUCCCGGUUGGAGAACUUGGGCUGCUGUGGCUAUCCAGUUGGCUUGGAGGAGGUACAAGCACAGGUUGACGCUCACUUCGCUGUCGUUUAUAAGGCCCAGGAGACCUCUCUCGAGAUGUUCUUCAUUGGGAGAAGAUAGACUCAGGCUUUACACGGCUUUGUUAACUUCACCAAAGCCAAAUCAAGAUGAUUUUGAUUUUUGAUAUGGAAUAGUAUCGGUUAUAUUUAUAUUAUGUAUAUGGAUAUUUUGCGGCUCUAGCUUGCUUGGUUGCUUGGUUGCUUGCAUAGCUUUUGCUUCGUAUGUCAAAUUAAUGUAAAAAUUAAGUUAAUUAUAUGGGCCGGCCGGCUUGGCCUAAUUAUGUGCA